ACCAACUAAAGCAACCAUGCUGGGCAGACGCACUUUUUCUCUUAAAGUGAGACGUCUAAACGAAAAUAAAAGUUUCUUUUUCGAUAAAGAUACAGCCGAGUGGUCUCACGUUUCUAAAGCGAUAAAGAAGGCUUAUUCCCUGGAGCAACUGCCUGUUAUUAGGUUCGAGUUAGCUGAGGACAAUUCUUCUUUAGUUUUUAGUGAUGGGGGAUUCCAAGAAGUGUUAAAGAAUUGCGAAGAGCAGCCUCUUCAAAGUACACUCGUUCUGGAGAAUUAUGAAGGUAGUGAACAGAAUGGCGAUUUCACUGCAGAAAUAACUUCGGAAGGUUUACUGGAAGAUUUUUCUUCCUCUGAAAUUAUGCAAAUGCUCCGGGAUAUCGCCCUUUAUAUAGCUGCUCGUGAUGAAAAAGAAUUUCUAGUUAAAAAAACUCAAACUAAAAGGCUGAUCACUAGUAAUUGCCGAAAAAAUAAUUUAGAGGAAGACGCCAUAUCGACCGAAGUUGGCCAGUGGAGCGAAUCGCAAGUUUCUGAGUGGUUACAAGCAAGCGGGCUGAAGUUUUUCUCAAGCUUGUUUUUGGAAAAUUCCAUUAACGGCAGUGCGCUACUAAAUAUCGAUGAUGCAACGCUGAUAUCCAUGGGAAUAUCGCAAGCAGCGAAGCGAUGGAAAAUCAUUAAGGCGGUCGCCGCACUGAAGAUUGCGCAGACGCUUCCCAGCGAGUGUGUUUCUCCUUCCCUUCAACGCCUGAUCAGCACUCAAUUGCAUAGUUGAUAAGGAGGAAAU